AUGUCCCGCGCUUGGGAUGAUGGCGAGGCGCGACGCAAGUGCCGGUACGAGGAGUGCCGCGACCCGCCUCGCCCCUCCCCUGACUCCCUCCGCCGCGAGGAGGACCUGCGCCGGGAGCUCCGCGGCCACGAGCGCGACGCCCCCCGCCCGUCUGCCAGGGAGGAUCGUCGGGACGCACGCCGGUCGCCUGACCGAUGCGCGUGGCGUGGCCGGUCGCGGUUCCCCCCUCCUGCCACGGGUGGACGGACGACUCGCCGCCGCUCCCCCUCUCCGGUGCACCGUCCCGACCGAUCUCCCUCCCCGUCCCGACAACAACGCCCUCGCUCUCCGCGCCCUCCCGCUCCGGAUCCGGCGGCCCCUGCACGGAAAUAUGUCCCGCCCACGCCUCCUCCUCGGCCGCUCCUCCCGCUUCGGGUGCCGUGGGUGGGGGGCAGCCCCGAGGAUGCCAAGGGACAUCCAAGAAGAAGAAGCGGCGUGGACAGGGCCGGGCUACGCUCAACCUGGCCGGGCGCAAUCCUCCUGUCCCCGGCUCCUCUCCGCCCCCGGGUCCGGUGUCCGGCCUCCCCGGUCCACCGUGCUUCAACUGUGGUGUCGUCGGCCAUUCUCAAGUCAACUGUGUCAACCCCGCCUGCUGCUACAUCUGCAAGGACCCCCACCCCGCCAUCCUUUGCCCGGACCGGCCGAUUCCCGACAAGCUAA